GUCCUGAUGGAUUUUCAAGGCUGACAUUUAAGAACAUUUGCUCUUAUUACAGCAUCCCUCUCGAUAAUGUUCUGAGGCUUUUACAGUUUUGGCAGAUUGCAUAUUCUUUCAUAUAAGCCUUUUAUCGCAUUUUCGAACUGUUUUUGAGUGUGCCUAUCCUUUAUAACCAAUCUUUUCUUUUUCUUUAAAAAACCUGAUAGUUUGAAUUCUGUCUUGAUGAAGAUCUUGAAAUGAUUUAUCUCGAUUCAUUAAUCAAACUAUUUUCUCAAAAUUAUACCAAUAGAUCUUUCUAGUUCUA